UUUCUUUAUUCUCUCUCUCUCAUAGCUCCUGCAAACAGUUUACCCCACAAACUUCCAAACAAAGAGAAUUAAUAGAAAGUGAGAUUUGUAAGAAUUAUACUGUUCUCUUUGUUGCUCUCAAACACCAAAGCCAACCCUUUUUAUAAUCUAUAUAUUUAGUUGAUAUUUAUGUGGCUACCAUGUUACUAUUAAUAAGUCUUCUCUUUGUUGAUGAUCAUGAUCAUGAUGGUAUUGAUGUCAAAUCCAUCUAAUUCACAAUAUAAACUCAAGAUUCAAAACCCCUUUUCUUCUUCUUCUUCUUCUUCUUUUAUCAUUAUCCAUGGCUUGUUUUGAGAUCACACACAUCAUCAUCUUUUUUGAGUUUAUGGUUUUUCCAAUAUGACCAUGGUUCCUUCUCAAACCAACAACAAACAAAAUAAUAAUGGUGAUUGUGUUUUCUACAACAACUCAACAAGUGCUAUGAACCAAUUUCAAUUUGUUGAAGGCUACAACUACAAUAAUUAUUUAAGAUCUGAAUUUGUGGUGAGGCAUAUGGCUGAGGAGGAAUCAUCAUCAAUAAUCAAAACCAUCUCUACCACUCACCACCAAACCGAAUCUCAACCUGAACCUGAACCCGAAGUAGAAAACAUUUCUACCACAAAAGAAGAAGAAGAAAAAGAAACAGAAGCAAACAAUAACAACAACAACAAUAACUGGCUUCAAUUAAGCAUAGGUUUUAAUCAGAGUAACACGAACGUGACAACAACUACAAAUCACGACCGUGAUCACCAUCAUCAAGCUCCAACCAGCAGUUCAAGACUGUUGGAGCUUGAUUUGUUACCAAAGAAUCGGGCUUCUUCACGACCCAAUUUGGAGCAACCAACGACAAGGGGUUGCUCAUCGUUUGGCUCUUCUUUGCUAUUUGAACAAACAACAUCAUCUUCUUCAUCUUCAUCCAUGUCCAUGUCCAUGCCAAGUGGUCCAACAUAUGGUCAUCAACAACAACAACAUCAAAAUCAAAAUCUAUGGACAUUUGGUCCAUUACUACCUCAUUCUAUAGCAAUUAUGCCUUCUUCAACAUCAUAUAUACCCUCUUAUUCUUCAUCACAAUCUUGUUCUUCUUUGAGGCCUAAUUUAGGACCUUAUAAUUAUCCUUUUUACCAAAAUGCACCCUUUCACUUUCCUUCGUCAUCUUCAUCUUCUUCUUCCGGGUUCGACCAAUUCGAUGUGGCCGGACCUAGCUCAUCUCAUGUCGCUUUUCGAGUUGUUGAUCCUCCUCGUAGACCUCAUUCUGGAAUAUGGUUUAUGCUACAAGCUUCACAAAAUCAAGUGAAAGAACCGUUCUUGCCACAAAUACCUAAGAACUAUCUUAGAAUCAAAGAUGGAAGGAUGACAGUUCGGUUGCUAUUGAAGUAUUUGGUUAGCAAACUCAAAUUGGAGAGCGAAUCAGAGAUAGAGAUAACAUGCAAAGGACAACAACUUUUACCUUUCUUGACGUUGCAGCAUGUGAGAGAUAACAUUUGGACACCAAGGGACACUACAAGAUCUUUGCUUUCAGAUUCCUCAACAACAGAUCAUGUAAUGGUGCUUCAUUAUGGUAGAAGCACUUCUUAAAAAUUAACCAGUGAAAAAGCCCUCAAGUAACUUAAAUUAAUCACUCUGGUUCAUUUUUAUUCUUGUGAACUUAUCUAAACCAUAUCGACAUAGUGUGACAUAGUUGACAAAUAACUGAGUCUCUUAAAUAUGUGGUUAUAAGUUCGAUUUAUGAUCGAUAUAUAAAGAAGAACAUCAAUUGAGAGACGUUAACACCUUCAAUGGAUUUCUAUAUCUUGAAUGAAUAGUCACUGACGACUGGCCAGAGGAUACCUUGGACAACGAAAAGAUCGUAUCCAAAUUUAUUUUUCCUUUUUUUAUUUUUUUUUAUUUUAAUGAGUUUUGAUCACUAUUUAUUUUAAUUUAUUUGACAUGGCAUAUCAUGAGAAUUACACUGCCCUAAAUCGGUGUUUAUUCCAUUGCUGUUUUGGGUGGGGGCAUUGUCCAAAAUUGUAUUCUCAUGUUUGGUGAGGUGAGUGAGGAAUUGCCAUCAAUUGUGUAUUACCAAGCACAAAACUCUAUCUAAUUUUAUAUACUAACCCAUUUUCUCCUUUUUAA